GGCUGAGCGUCCUGAGAUAACAAGACAUCAGUGACAAUGUCCAGUGAUGAGAAUGGUGACAUACUCGUGUAGCUGCUCGAGAUGCAGGAAUGAAACUCACAUUAGUGAGGUUAAGAAGCAGGACAUUGUGGGAAAAAGGUGCAAACUUUAGUGGAUUUUCAAUUCCUCCAAGAACAAUUCCAGUGCCUUAUGUCAAAAGAAUCCAUAUUGUGUACAAUGAUAUGGGAAACUUGUCUACUCAUUACUUCAACAUAUCAGGUUACAAUCUCUUGACUUCUGUUAUUGGUUUCAUUGUUUAUGAUGCACCAUCACAUAUUAGCACCAUCACAAGUCUUAGAAAGCUUGAUCUUAGACCAAUGGGACAACCUAUAUCGAUCGAGUUCAAGAAUUUAACAGAGAUGAUCAAGGGAAGAACAACAAAGUACUGUGCAAUGUUUGAUGAAAAUGGAAAAGUUUCACUUAGUGUAAUGAGGUUUCCCAACUUAUGUUACACAAGAAAUCAUGGUCAUUUCACUAUAGUGUUACCUUCAGAGACAAGGAAGAAGAAGAGAAUACGGGGUUUUUUGGUUAUCGGUUUCGUUAUCGGGCUAUUAGGUGUGGGAUUGGUGGCUCUUGUAGGAAGGAUGGUGUUGGGAAUUUAUAAAUCCAAGAAAACAUGUGAAAUGGAAAGAGAAGCAGAAGAAGGUGAGAUUUUGGAAAGUGUUAUUGUUGGUAGAAGCAAAAUGCCUGUUGCUAUGGUUACAAGAACUCAUCCAAUACUUGAAGGACCAAGUUUUCCAUAG